AUGCGUGUAACUGCAGAUCGACGUAUGAACAUGCAAAGAACGCAAAAUGUCCUUCUUAUUUGGUUAGACAAUAAUAUUAAUGAUGAUAAUGCUGAUUGUUAUAAUACAAUCAAGCAAUUAAAACGUGUAGUUAACGACGUAAACACAUUUACAGAUAGUGAACAAUGCGUUGAAUUUAUUCAAACCAUUACCGACAACAAAAUAUGUAUGAUUAUCUCCGAGUCACUUGGGAAACAUAUUGUGCCUCGUGUGCAUAAUAUGUCCCAAGUAGACACCAUUUUUAUUUUUUGUAACAAUCAAGAAUGUGAUAAACAAUGGGCCACAGAAUGGCGCAAAAUAAAAGGAGUCUUCACAGAUAUGACAUCAAUCUGUGAAGCUCUUAAACAAGCUGCUCGUCAAUGUGAGCAAAAUGCCAUCUCAAUCAGCUUUGUGGCAUCAAACAAAAAGUUGGAUCAAUUAGAUCCAUCAUUUAUGUAUACUCAGAUCUUGAAAGAAAUCCUAUUAACUAUCGACUUCGAAGCUGAACAUAUUAAAGAAUUCAUUACUUACUGUCGUGAAGCAUCUGCCGAAAAUGAGUAUAAUUUACAUACUAUAAAAAAAUUGGAAAGUGACUAUCAUAAUCAUAUACCUAUUUGGUGGUAUACUUAUGAACAGUUUUUAUAUUCGAUGCUCAACCAAGCAUUAAGAUUAAUGGAUGUUGAUAUCAUUGUUCGAAUGGGUUUCUUUAUUAAUGAUCUACAUCGUGAUAUUCAACGACUCCAUUCGAGACAAUUAGAUGGUCAACAAUCUGAUAAAACAUUUACAGUUUAUCGUGGACAAUGUCUUUCAAAAGAAGAUUUCACUGAAAUGACAAAAACUAAAGGUGGACUUCUUCGAUUUAAUAACUUUUUAUCGACUAGUACAAGUCCUGGUGUUUCUCUCUGUUUCGCACCACAAGCUGCUACAAAUCCUGAUCUUGUUGGAGUCUUAUUUGUUAUGUCAAUUAAUCCUACUCAUUCAACAACUCCAUUUGCUUCUAUUAGUGAUGUUAGUUAUUUUCAUACAGAAGAUGAAGUUCUUUUCUCUAUGCAUACCAUUUUUCACAUUGGAGAUAUUAAACCGAUAGAUGAAAAUAAUAACCUCUAUCAAGUGAAUUUAACAUUAACCAAUGACAACGACCAAGACCUUCGUAUUCUUACUGAUCGUAUACGACAGGAGACCUUUCUAAAUCAAGAAGGAUGGUAUAGAUUGGGAUUAUUACUGAUUAAAAUGGGUCAGCCUAACAAGGCUCAAGAAGUUUAUGAAGUUUUACUUAAUCAAACAACGAAAGAGAAUGAGAAGGCACCGAUUUAUCAUCAGCUAGGUCGAAUCAAACGUAAUCAAGGGGAAUAUCAAGAAGCACUUUCUCAUUAUAGAAAAGCUCUUAAAAUUCGACAGCAAUCGCUUCCUCCAAAUCAUCCUGAUUUAGGAGAUUCCUACAACAACAUCGGUUAUGUGUAUAAGAGUAUGGGUGAUUAUCCAAAAGCACUUUCUUAUUAUGAAAAAGCCUUUGCAAUUCGACAAGAAUCACUUCCUUCUAAUCAUCCUGAUUUGGGUGCUUCCUAUAGUAACAUUGGGUUCGUGUAUUAUAACAUGGGUGAUUAUCCAAAAGCACUUUCUUACUAUGAGAAAGAUGUUGCAAUUCUACAACAAUCACUUCCAUCCAGUCAUCCUGACUUCGGCGAUUCCUAUAGCAACUUCGGUUUGGUGUAUUCCAAAAUUGGUGAUUAUCCAAAAGCUCUUUCUUAUUAUGAAAAAUCCCUUACAAUUCGACAACAAUCACUUCCUUCCAAUCAUUCUGACUUGGCUGUGUCCUAUAACAACAUCGGUAAUGUGUAUAAGAGUAUGGGUGAAUAUCCAAAAGCCCUUUCAUUCCAUGAAAAAGGCCUUGCAAUUCGACAACAAUCACUUCCUCCCAAUCAUCCUCAAUUGGGUGAUUCCUAUGACAACAUCGGGUUGGUGUAUUACAACAUGGGUGAAUAUCCAAAAGCAGUUUCAUCUCAUGAAAAAGCCCUUGAAAUUCGUCAACAAUCACUUCCUUCCAAUCAUCCUGAUUUAGGAGAUUCCUAUAACAACAUCGGUAUGGUGUAUGAUAGCAUGGGUGAUUAUUCAAAAGCACUCUCAAUUCAUGAGAAAGCACUUGCAAUUCGACAACAAUCACUUCCCCCCAGUCAUCCUGAUUUAGGUAUUUCCUAUAACAACAUCGGGUUGGUGUAUGAGAAUAUGAGCAACUAUUCAAAAGCGCAUUCAUCUUAUAAAUGUGCUGUACAAAUUGGAGAACAGUCACUACCAACAUAUCAUCCUAAGCUUCAACAAUGGAGAGAAAACCUCGAAAACAUAAAAAAGAAAUUAUAA